AAAAAAUAUCCGGAUGCCAAACCCAGUGGACCUGUCAGAAGUGAAAGUUUACUUUUGUUUAAAAAUGUGAAACAAGAACGUAUACACCUGUUUAACUUAUGAAGACACUGAAAAUUAUCGACUUUUUUAUUUUACAUUGCUUAUUUUUUGUAAGCUUCAGAAGUGUAGCCUCUUGUCUGAAAAAAUUGGAUGGAUGACCAUGGAGCUACAGUUCUGUACAAUUGCAAUAUGUUAUGAUGUGUGAAGAUGAAUGGAACAGAUCUGGAUGGUUACGCCGGUGUGGAACAGUGCAUUAUCUUGAAGCAAGGGGAGGUUCGCAUGAAAAGCAGACGACUGGGAAUAUGGAGGAAACGCUAUGUGGUGUUGUUUGCCCCUUCCAGUAAGGGCCCAACAAGACUAGUCAAAUAUGCAGAUGAAAAAGGUUUUCGAGAAGAAAGGCAACUUUCUUUCUUCCGUAUGCAAGAUGUUACAACUGUGGUCAGGUUGUCUUUCAAUGAGGAUCAUGGAAUCACCAUCUCUUUGACUGGUGGAGAGGUCCGGCAAUUUAUAUGUAAUGAUGCCAAUGAUGCUGAAGAUUGGCUUCAAAAGUUGCAGACAGAAGCUGGCAAAAGUGACACUCUUCCUGUAGGACAUUUUCGAGCUUUUCUAAUCCCAAGCAUGUUUUUGAACUACGAUGGUGAAUGUAUUGUUGAAGUAACUGCAGAUUGUGUCAAUGUUUUUACGGACACAACAAAGAGAGAUAAAGUAGCUGGUAUGAAGAUUUCCUGCAUAAGACGUUACACAUCAAAUCCCGAGAAACGCAACAAUAAUCUGCUGAUAGAAAAUGGACGUUCCCAAGAACCCAUUGGAGAAAGUUUAUUGUUAUUCAAGUCAUACCAAGCCGUUGAUAUCUAUAACCGCCUGGAUACCAGUGCAAGGAGGCUUCGGGGAAGUGUGUCCUUCGGCAACAGCAGUAAUGAAAGCUUUAAUCGACGGGUCAGAAGAAGCAGGAGUACUUCAAAUACAAUGCCACGAGAACGACAAAAUAACUUAGGACUGAAUUCUUUAUGAAUUGCCUAAACCAAAAGCAAUCUCAGACUUUAUGCAACAUUCCAUUGCAAAGACUCCAUUGUUAUAACACUCAAAUGUUAUAUAUACAUAUAUCUAUUAUUGUAUUGUAAUUAAAAAAAGGUAUAUUGUCAGAAAUGUAUACAAGUGUAUGUUUUAUAAGUGCUUUAUAAUUUAAUCUUGAAUUAACCUGUGAUAUACUUUUUAAAAGUUUGGGUGAUGUCUGGCGAUGAUUCUUUUAUAAUGUGUUUGCUGUAAUAGUCCAGAUGAAAUAGUCUGGAAUUAUAUUGUAUAGUGAAUUUUGGUCAACUUUUAAUUUAUAUGCUUAGCUUAUUUAUAGACCAUGCAGCUUGAAAUAUGUCUUGAAAAAAUUAUCCAUAUCCAUAUACAAAAAAAAAAAAAUGCUGAGUACAAGGUACAUGUACAAGUAAUAAGAAAAAAAAGAUUAAGAAAAAUAUGAAUAAGCAGUAAUUUUUUUUUACAACCAUUUCAAUUUAUUUUAUGUCUUAUGUUACAUUGAUACCAAUAAUGUACUUAAGUUGUCCCUCAAUCAGGAAUUCUCACCUGCAUAAAAGUUUAACAUAUCACAUGAAAGAGUAGUACCGUAAUUGUAUUUGUAGAUACAUGUAUUACAUUUUCUUAAUUGUGUGGGUUAUUUUUUAAUGUAUAAAGAGUUUUGAAAGUUUUGCAGCUUAAACUGAUGCCUGUAUACAGGUACUAGAUGUAUGUGUGGCAAUACAUGCUCAUAUUUUGCAUGGUUAAAUCAUCUGUGCACUGUAAGCCAUGAAAGUUUUUUUAAGUGUAGGUGUCUUACAGGGUAUUUAAGUUCUACCAAAAGCCCCAUUUUCCAAAGUAUAUUUCAAUGCGUCUAUAUUCUCAAGCCACGGAGGUUUUGUGUCCAUUCUAUUUCCACAAAUAGAAUGGACACAAACCCAUGUGGCUUAAGACAAUGAUUUGAAUGUUAAAUGAGAUUGUAUGUAAAUGGGGCCAACUCUGAAUGAUUACUGUGAACAGUAACCUUAACUUUUGAAGAUUGUUGAUCUGAUUUAUUUUAAAAUAUAUUGCAUGGGUUGUGUUAAAUAAACAUGUAUAAUGUCACUUUAUUAUCCAAGGGGAAUAAUCAAUGAAUAACUGUAUACAGGGAAAUAUUCGCCCCCGAUUUAUUUUCGCCCCUUUCGUCCGCGUUGUUAACGGUCGAAUUUAAGACUGGGCGAAUUCCGAUGUCUUCAAUUAAUUGAAGACACAACUGUGUCUGGGCUAAUUCAAGACGGGCUGAAACUGUUUGCAAGUGGAGAAGGGCGCGAAAAUUACACGGGGCAAAAAUAACCUUGUAUACAGUAUCUCCCUUAGGUUAUGACGAAUCCAGUAACUUCUUUUUUUUAAUCCCAAAUAUGCAACAGCAUGAUAGAAAGAUUCAGUUAUAUAUAUUUAUUGUAAAUGCAAUAUUCUCUUAUUGAAAUUUAUUAAGUUGGAUGCUUGGAUGGUUACAAUUGAUUAUAAUGUUACUACACUUAAAAUAGUUUGUGAUGAGAUUUUUUUUUAGGUGCAUAAUAAAUCUUUUUACAGAGAUAUGUGCUGAAUGAGAUUUUAAUUUAUCUUUGAUGGUAGUAUGAAGAAAAAAGAAGUAUGCUUCAAUUAAUUUCUGUCUGGUUUAGAAACUUUUGAACAGCUCGUUUUUAUGUUUUGAGAUUUUACCGGUAAUAGAAAUGUUGAUAUUGAUGACUAUGCAGUACACUUUAUUACCUUGUAGACUAAAUUUUUUCUUUUGAAAUUUCAAACUGUAAUCAUUUAAAUUCAUGUUCAUUCAAUGAUUGUUUUAUACUUCCUUUUCUGCAAAGAUCGAUAUUUGUAUUUCCUAUUAACCUAUCUUUUCCAACUUGUAUGCAAAAUAUUUUAUAAUCUGGUACCGUAUAUGACUUUUUGCAAGAAGUGUUUCUAAGAAUACUGAAAAAAAAAAUGUGGAAAAUUUAUGCAACUGUUGAAAAGUUAUCAACUUUAUUAUCUUUCAUAUUUCUUAAUACUUUAGUUCAAAAUUUUAAAAGAGGGAGAAUAUGAAUUAAUGUGAGAUUCUUGGAAAUUUUUCCUUUAAGGCCACCUUAUAAGAUUGUUUGCUCUUCAUCAACUGUGAGUUUGUGAGUUUAUUGUGAGAUUAUAUAAUAAUUUUUUUUUUCAAGGUUGGCUUACAAAUUUGAUUAUGAAUUAUUUGAAUCAAAUCAAAAUUAAACUGCAAUUAUAAUAAAAGAAAGUGAUGAUCAUACUUUAAUAAAAACAUUUGAGUUAAUUUUGCCAAUUGGUCAAAAAAGGGUAAAAAAAAAAAUUUAAGGUGGCCUGAACAAUGUAGAAAAAGCAUUCCUAAAUAGAGUUUUCUUGUAAUUGUAUUUCAUGUAUUAUUAUUUCAUUGUAAUUUAAAAUGAAUGUAGCCUGCUUGAAUUUAAUAUUAUAUAUUUUUCAUACAUGAAUAUAUAAAUGAUUUAAUUUUAUACAAGAAAUUAUA